AACGAUCAUCACACAGUCAUCUGAUUCAGUAGUCUGCACAACCAGCAAACAAACAAUUACCAACAUGAAAUUCGUUAUUGUAUUCGUCGCCCUCUUCGCUCUCGCCUAUGCUGCCCCAGCUGCGCCUGAAGCCGAAAUCGUCGAAUUGAGAUCCGAUGUCGACCCCGAGAAAUACAGCUUCGCCUUGAAGACCAGCGAUGGUACAUCAAAGUCCGAAGAAGGUCAGUUGGUCAAUGUUGGUGCUGAAGAUGAACACAUUGUUGCCCGUGGUUCUUACUCUUUCGUCGCUGAUGAUGGUCAAACCUACACCGUCACUUAUGUUGCUGAUGAGAACGGUUUCCAACCACAAGGUGCUCAUUUGCCCGUUGCCCCUGAAGCUUAAGUGCGAUAAUCGUGAACUGAGUGUGGAACUGUUAUUAGAUUUUAGGAAUGAAUGUUAAAUAAAAUUAAAAAAGUGAAUAAGUCGAAAAUAA